UUUACAUUAAAAUUUCACAAUAAACUAAUUUUAAGGAACGAAUAUAAUAUAGAGAGUUAGCAUUGAAGCUUGGUCAGGCAUUGUAUUAUUCUACUAAACUAAACCGUUUCGUGCAGGUAAGUGCGGCCAGUUAUUAAAUGGACUUCGGGAACUCCGCGAUUGUUAAUGUGCGCGGUUUACAAUGAGCGCAAUUACGAGCGUCCCCGUCGUUGACGUAAAUAAAGAAAACAUUACCGAGCUAUGGCCGUCAUUGAUGUGGGCUGUGAGGACGUCGCUUUUCGUUGCUCUCGACCUCGAACUGAGCGGCAUUGGUUCAAGAAAAGAAAUUAACGCAAAGGCUGUAGAUGACCGCUACAAAGCCAUAGCAAGCGUUGCGGCUUCACGAGCUGUGAUAUCUGUGGGCCUGUCGUGUUUCCUUCACGACCGGAGAACUGAAGAAACUGGUCAAUUAAAAUUUAAGGUACAGACCUUCAACAUUCUGGCCAUGUGCAGCGAAAGCUACAUUGUUGAGCCAUCUUCAAUACAGUUCCUUAUCACCCACGGGUUUGACUUCAACCGACAGUAUGCUCUAGGAGUGCCAUUUUACAAGGGUAACGACAAGCCACCAAAAGAAGAGCCAGAAGGAAUAUCACUCAGGCAGUUGAUUACGCAGAUAGUGCUGCAUAAGAAACCCAUUGUACUGCACAACGGGUUUAUCGACCUAGUCUUCGUCUACCAGUGUUUCUACGCCGAACUGCCCAGGUCCCUUCAGAUUUUCGUUGCCGACCUUUCUGAAAUGUUCUCUGCUGGCAUCUAUGACACAAAAUUCAUCUCUGAGUUCAAGGCAUCAAUGCCCGCAUCAUACCUGGAGUACGUAUUCAGAAAAAGGCAGAGGGAGAGCGCUUCAAAGGAGGCCCAUGGGAAGCCUUAUGUCAGCGUAGACUUUCAGGAAUACAAUGAGAAACACCUAGUAGACCACGGCGAGUGUGCACUACGUAGUAAGCUUCCUGGCGAUGCAGCUCCCGUGAGCGUGUGCAAAAACUUUGCACGCUAUGGCUGGUGCACCAAUGGAACAGCCUGUCCAUCAUCACACGAUGUGGAUGACAUUUUGGAUGCCGAAGCAACGAAGCAACAGAAGAGGCGUCAGAAAGUACAACAUAGUAAUCAACCGAAAGACAGUGAAGCAAUGGGUGACGUCGACGGAGAUGUCGAAGAGAUGGAACAUAACGGAAAAUUGGACGACCACUCCAACAGCUGCGACGUGCCACCACUUGCGAAACGUACGACGGGACUUCACCGGGCGGGGUACGACGCCUUCAUGACGGGCUACUCAUUUGCCACGUUUCUUCUGUCGUAUGCGAAGAAACGUCCGUCAGCUAAAGGUCUAGAGAUUGAAUACCUUGGGCUGGAGCAGAUAGCCAAUAAGGUGUUCCUAAGUGGCAAGUCUGUGCCACUGCAGAUCCAAGCUAGUCAUUUUGCAAAGCACAGUCCUCAGCAUAGAGAGAAAUAUUCAGCCUUGUUUGGAAAGCAGUCUGAAAUAUCUAAAGAGCUCUAAAUAUUCCCGAAUUAAUGUAAUAAAUUCCUGUAAAUAGGAAAAUUGUGCCGCGCAGCAUUCAGACAUACGGCAAGUUCCACUUGUUAAUCUGGCAUGGUGAGACCUAAUCCAAAUCCACCAGCAAAAGGAGCUAACACCCGAGCCAAGAGCCUUGGCGGAAGUGGUUGUGUGGUCAAAAUGUAGUAACACUGUCCUGCACUGGGUCAUGUGACAGCUGUUACCCGCAUAUGACUGCCCGGAAUUUAGGUGUUAAUAACUAAUGUGCCCGCACAGGCACUCGCAAUGCAGAUGUGAGAAAGUGCUAGCUGAUCAAUUCCUCACGCUAGGAACACAGUUGGCACGUUUUGAUUCAGGGAACUCAACUGCUCAGAAUCUUGCAAACAAAGCUGCCAGGAAAUUACCACGCAAAUUCACCGUAAGUUUCUAGCAAGGACAGUAGCUGACGGAAAGUAUGCAAUCGAGCAACGGGGAAUCUGAUUGCCGGUCAGGUGUGCAACCAUCACACUACGCCGACAUCAUGCUCUCAUCAAAAUCGUGCAAGACAGACAGACUUGCAAUCACUCUGGACACAUUCUCACACAUUCAUACAGAGACUAAAUGCGAAGCGUAUGUUGCUAAAGAAAUUUAUUAAUGGUGUGUGAAAGACGUAUUAAAUAAACAAUGAACGUUUUGUACAAUGCGGUCGUACGACGAUUUUCGGGGGGUCUAGUACAAAUAGUGUAUACACAAGCAACAAAGCCACAAGAAUCCGCACAGGUAGGACAGAGGACCGUGGUCAAACUUCAGGACAGAAUGUGUUGCAUUUUGGGCACGGGUUUUUCGUUAUUUGUGGGGCUCUGAAAAGAAAAGCAAACACCAUAGCUUUUUUUAGUAUCACAGCAAAUUUUAUAUGGUACAGUCAAACUCCUUUACAACAAAACUCAGGGGACAGCAAAAAAAAUUUGCUGUAGUGGUAUUUUUGUUAAAAAGGUGUUCGCUAUAAAGGAGUUUGACUGUAUAUGCUAAAAGUCUCCCUUGUACCUUUGGGGAAGUUUUUGAAAACUGGUUUUAAUCCCAGGAAGUGUAAAAUAGUGUGAUAUUACGCCUAGGAUGUUUUAUAACCUGAAGUGGACUAGAACAAAAAUUUCAGAUGGCAGCUCCCAGAGUGUGUGGAUUUCUCAUAUUCGUGGUUCUUUCAUUUUUUUGCUCCUUCCAUGGUGGUUAAACACCACAGGAGUGCUGCUCGUAUUUAGACGUUACUGAAUCACGCCUUGCAGUGCUCCUGGUAGAGUAAAAUUGUGCCGUUCAUUUAACUUUGAGGUCCUUUGGCAGCGCCAUAAAACAAGCUCAAACUGUAUAAAGAAUUUGUGCAUGAUUCUAAAAUGUGCUGUAAAAGAUGAAACAUAGAUCCUUGUGCUUUCAAGUUUGCCUUUUUCAAAAUGAUAUGGAAAAUUUACAGCUGUGCGAAUAUUCGAAAUUUCGAACAUGAAACAUGCAUCUGAUGCUAUUCGAAUCCUAUUCACAACCUACAUUGAAAUUUUCGAAUAUUUUUCGAAUAGUACUGAAGCGGGGUAUCACCAUUCUGCAAGUGGGCUUUGCCUCAUUACACCCAAGAGUUAGGUGAAGCCCACUUUACACUGUUUACCAUAUUCUGCCACUGAAGUCUACAACUUCUAUGAGCGCAUGGUCAACACUGUACCCUGGGCACUGCAGUUUCUAAAAAAAGUACACGAAAUUCAUAAUGUAAACAUAGAAAUGAGGGGUUGCAUACAAAGCAGGCUGCAUGGAACAUGUUGACUAAUAGCGAAUUCCACUGGUCGUUCUAGUGCAGAAAAACCUGCACUGGCCAGCGCGCGCGUGUUCCACUGGUCGUUUCAAUGCAAAGCGCAUCGCAUUCCGCUGGUCGUUACGGGGCGACUACACCGGGCGAGUACAACACCAGUGCAACUCUGCCUGCACGGAGAAAAUCGGCGGUGGAGACCGGAACACGGGAGUGCGCCCGGACGGUCCCUCCUCCGCUUUCGAAUGAACAUGGCGGACGAAAUGGAAGUGGUUUUCGGUCUCGUUGAGGAUUCCGAAAGCAGUGACAGCAGCAGAGAUAGCUGUAGUAGUAGCGAAGGAGGAUCGUCGUAUUUGAACAACAUUUACAACGAACUCUAUGUAUGACGUAUCAUCGUGUUCCUAGUGCUCGAAUGAGACAGGACGCAAAACUUAUAAAACAAAGACGAAUACAGAUAACGCUACAUAACGCUACAGAUAUCGCUACAUAACAUACGCUACAUAACGCUACAGAUAUCGAAAAGUAGAGAAUGCAGCUAUUUCAACUUACCAUUUGUGCUGCACAUUGAAAAAAGCAAACGAUGCGCUUCGUCAUUAUCCAAGCACAGUUGAUACACACCGUCCAUGCUGUUCUCGGUUUAGGUUUUCGCGGUUUACCAAUGUUGCCUGCCUGGUCAACGGCACAGCUGCCAACAUAGGUGGCGUUGAAGAUUGUUUGGGGCAGCGCCGCUGCACUGAAACCCUCUCGGAUGUUCCGCUGGGCGGAUUAAUGUAGUUGCACUGACGGAGAGCGCCCCUCAUUGUGGCGAGGGUGUUACACUGCUCUACGGUGCACCAGAACGACCAGUGGAAUUCGCUAUAACUCUCAGUACAGUUCAUCCCAAUAAUGCAGUCUACCAUACACAACAGAGAGGGACCCUUCUCUCACGAUAUGUUACACUGGGUGAAAAGGCUCAAGUUUGGAACAGAACAUCAUCAAAUGAGCACACCACCACAAAAUAUUUCACCAUGAGGUAUUCAGAAUUAUUCGAACUGGGCCUUUUCUGAUUAUUCGAAUUCGAUUCGCCAUCUGGAGAAAUUAUUCGGAUUCGAUUCGCAGUGCAAGUGAAAUAUAUUCGUAAACUAUUCGCAAUGGAAAUUUUGCUAUUCGCACAGCUCUAGGGGUUCUAUAUCAGGUUCUAUGAGGCAGGGUAAAAUCUGGUGGUACCAUGUGAAAGAGCAGAUUUUUAUGUGGAAAAGAAAAUAUGUGUGUCUCACAUUUCACGUGAAUACUGGAUGCCAAGGAGCUUUGGUGAACGUUUAGCGUUUGCCAGUGCCUGCAUUUGUGGCUGAAUUUGCACAAUCAUUUUCGAUUACUACCCAAACUGAUGAUGGUGCAAAUUGGGAGCAUAAAAAUGGGCUUUACCACCUUAAACCCUAUGUAUGAUACAGCCUGAAGUUUUUGGGAAUUUUUUUUUCUCUAAAUUCAGGAGGUAAAAGUCGGGGAAAAUAAACAUGUGCUCUAAAUUCAUGCGAAUUCAGGAGGAAAAACUUCCAGUAUGCUGGAUUCUGUGAGAAAUCGGACACAGCUACUCAACCUUACUGCAUUGGUUUGAUAAAAACAGUGAUGUAACUGCAUUUCCUGUCAAACAAGUUAUCUGUGCAUUCCUACUGAUGUCUCAGUGAUGGCAAUUUGCCGGGUAAAAAUUGGGUUUCACCCUAAAGAGGCAACCUUUAAUUCAGUGUGGAAAUUCGGGGAAGAAUCGGGUUAAACCCUAAAACUUCAGGCUCUAUGUAUGAAUGGCCAUGCUUGCACUCUGGCAGGUUCGAUUGUUCGCGUCGAGGAACUAAGCGACGAGGAUGCAAACUUAAUUUAAUUUUAAUUUGCAGGUUUAACGCUAAAAUGCAAGGCUCUAUUCGUCCUGAUUGGUCAAAAGCCAAAACGGCAUUAUACAUAGGGAGUGACUUCGGGUUAAACCAGAUUCUGCCCGGUUAUUCCGCCCCCCCCGAACUGACCUCCGACCAAUUCGAGUUAAACCCGAUUUCUCCCUGAAUUCCAGUCACUAUGAAAUCUUCAAGUGACGUUUCCACUGAAGACGAACAAAGGUCGCCAUGUGUAACACAUGUAAGAAUGGGUCACUUAUGUUCCCAGCAAUACACUCAUGUGUGUCAACACUGUCUAUGGCUUCGGGCAUUACCGCUGGAAGGUCACGAUCCCGCAAAAAAAAAAAAGAGAGAGAGAGAUUAGGAAAGGACUUAAUAGACAAGAGGAGAAACAAUAACACCCGAAGGCACAAUUAUCGCCCGAUUUCUCCCCGAAUUACAGAUUUAAAAACAGCACCCGAUUUUUACCCCCCGAAUCUGAGAAAGGCAUUUAACCCAAAAAAGUCACUCCCUAAUUAUACAUACUGCUGUUGUAGUGCUCUCUCCAUUCUUGGUGGGAGUCUCUGCUUUUUGCCUCUUGAUGGGGGAAGAAGUUGAGUCAUUACCAGAUUCGUCUGUUGGCCUCUGCAAUUUCCAAGUUAACACACGUUGGCCUAUUCACUGUGACAAAAGCAAGCAACGUGGGCCCCCUCAAUCCAACUUAUCAAAACGUCGUCUGCCUGCACAGUUUCUACACUCAACCGUGCAUUUAUUGUGUGGCUGUUGCAACAGAAACUUGAGUACGUCGUAAUGACAUUUUUCAAUGCGAAAUUAUCACAAGGGGAUGAAAAUGGUUGGGGUCAGACCGGAUUCUUCCACAUUAUUCCCUCCCGAAUCAGUUUAGGGCUAAUUCGAAUUAAAGCUGAUUUCUCCCCGAAUUCCAAGUAUGUAUCACGUGCAUUAUUAGUAGCAGUUUGUACGCGUGUCUGAUGUAAAUAUUAUUUAAGUGUAACAAUAAACUAUGUGAAGCACA